AUGGCCAGACCACCAUCCCGUAAGCUGACAAAGCGGUUUCCAGCGCUGGACAUUUUAUAUAACGAUGUGGUUUUUUCCAAGGUGGUCCAGGAGGAAAUCCCAAUUCCUUCGAGUUUUGUGAAACUGAGUUAUCUCAGCAGUCGAACACCAGGGUAUAAAACUUUGCUGCGCAUUAUUUUGACACACACGACCAUCCCUUCUGGAAUGACAAAAGUCCAUCUGCUAGUUGCUGUUGAAGGACGUCUGCUUCAGAAAUGGUUUCCUGCUGCAGCCAAUUUGGUCUACACGUUUGCCUGGAAUAAGACAGAUAUAUAUGGACAGAAGGUUUCUGGUCUGGCCGAGGCUAUGGUGUCGGUGGGAUAUGAAUAUGAAACAUGUCCUGAUUUUAUUCUGUGGGAGAAGAGAACAGUAAUCCUUCAAGGCUUUGAAAUGGAUGCUUCAAAUCUGGGAGGCUGGUCUAUAAACAAACACCAUGUAUUAAAUCCACAAAGUGGAAUUGUACACAAAGGAAAUGGUGAAAACAUGUUCAUUUCCCAGCAGCCGCCAGUCAUCUCAACCGUGAUGGGCAACGGACACCAGAGAAGUGUCUCUUGCUCCAACUGCAACAGUCUUGCGCUCAACAGCAAACUCUUUGCCCCGGUUGCUCUUGCUUCUGGGCCUGAUGGUAGUGUGUAUAUUGGUGACUUCAAUUUUGUCAGACGGAUCUUUCCCUCUGGAAACUCAAUUGGCAUAUUAGAAUUAAGGAAUAGAGACACAAGACACAGUACAAGCCCUGCACAUAAAUAUUACUUGGCCAUUGAUCCAGUGUCAGAAUCCCUUUACUUGUCAGAUACCAACACCAGAAAAGUCUACAAAGCAAAAUCUCUCAUUGAAACAAAGGAUCUGGCCAAAAAUGCAGACGUGGUGGCAGGAACAGGUGAUCAGUGCCUUCCGUUUGACCAGAGUCACUGUGGAGACGGCGGGAAGGCAUCCGAGGCAUCUCUCAACAGUCCAAGAGGUAUCACUGUAGAUAAGCACGGAUUUAUUUACUUCGUUGAUGGUACCAUGAUUCGGAAAAUUGAUGAGAACGGUGUGAUCACAACAAUAAUAGGUUCGAACGGCCUCACAUCAACCCAGCCAUUGAGCUGUGACUCUGGAAUGGACAUCACUCAGGUGCGGUUAGAGUGGCCAACAGACCUCACAGUGAACCCUCUAGACAAUUCACUCUACGUCCUGGACAACAACAUUGUCCUGCAGAUCUCUGAGAAUAGGCGUGUGCGAAUUAUUGCAGGGCGCCCCAUCCACUGCCAGGUGCCAGGCAUCGACCACUUCAUCGUCAGCAAGGUGGCCAUCCAUUCAACCCUGGAGUCAGCCAGGGCCAUCGCUGUAUCUCACAGCGGGAUACUCUACAUUGCAGAGACAGAUGAAAGAAAGAUCAACCGUAUACAACAGGUCACAACCAACGGUGAGAUCUCUAUAAUCGCUGGAGCCCCGUCAGAUUGUGACUGCAAGAUUGAUCCUAAUUGUGACUGUUUUUCAGGUGAUGGUGGAUAUGCCAAAGAUGCAAAGCUGAAAGCACCUUCUUCUCUAGCAGUCUCUCCUGAUGACACACUGUACAUAGCAGACCUUGGCAAUGUUCGCAUCCGUGCAGUCAGCCGAAACAAGGCUCACCUCAGUGACACGAAUAUGUAUGAGAUUGCGUCGCCAGCAGACCAAGAACUGUAUCAGUUUACCAUCAACGGCACCCACCUGCACACGCUGAACCUCAUCACGAGGGACUACAUUUACAAUUUCACCUACAGCGGGGAAGGGGAUAUUGGCACCAUCACCAGCAGCAACGGGAAUUCGGUUCACAUCCGCAGAGACACGAGUGGGCUGCCCCUGUGGGUCGUGGUGCCGGGGGGCCAGGUGUACUGGCUAACAAUAAGCAGCAAUGGGGUUCUGAAAAGAGUUUAUGCCCAAGGCUACAACCUGGCUCUGAUGACAUAUCCUGGAAACACGGGGCUUCUGGCAACCAAAAGCGAUGAAAAUGGAUGGACAACUGUGUAUGAGUAUGACUCCGAUGGCCAUCUGACCAACGCGACCUUCCCGACCGGGGAGGUCAGCAGUUUCCACAGUGAUGUUGAAAAACUGACGCGAGUGGAACUUGAUACUUCAAACAGAGAGAAUGUGAUCACAGCCACAAACUUCUCAGCUACCUCUACAAUAUAUACUUUAAAACAAGAUAACACGCAGAAUAUCUACCGGGUCAGCCCAGAUGGGUCUCUAAGAGUCACCUUUGCCAGUGGAAUGGAAAUCACGCUUAACACGGAGCCUCAUAUUCUAGCAGGGGUUGUCAGCCCCACUUUAGGGAAGUGCAAUAUCUCCCUUCCUGGAGAGCAUAACUCAAAUCUCAUUGAAUGGAGGCAAAGGAGGGAGCAGACCAAAGGCAAUAUCUCCACGUUUGAGAGAAGGCUAAGGGCCCACAACAGAAACCUGCUCUCCAUUGAUUUCGAUCAUGUCACCAGAACAGGAAAGAUUUAUGAUGAUCAUCGAAAAUUCACUCUUCGGAUUAUGUAUGACCAGACAGGACGCCCAAUUUUAUGGUCACCCAUCAGCAAGUACAAUGAGGUCAAUAUCACUUAUUCACAUUCUGGAUUAGUCACCUAUAUCCAAAGAGGAACCUGGACUGAGAAAAUGGAGUAUGAUCCAAGUGGGAACAUAAUUUCCAGAACAUGGGCAGAUGGUAAAAUAUGGAGUUACACAUAUUUAGAAAAGUCCGUGAUGCUCCUGUUGCACAGCCAGCGCCGCUACAUCUUUGAGUACGACCAGUCCGACUACCUGCUCUCGGUCACCAUGCCGAGCAUGGUGCGCCAUGCCUUGCAAACCAUGCUGUCCGUCGGGUACUACCGCAACAUCUAUACCCCUCCGGACAGCAAUGCGGCUUUCAUACAGGACGUCACCAGAGAUGGUCGGCUUCUGCAAACAUUGUAUCCUGGGACAGGACGCAGAGUCCUGUACAAAUACACCAAACAGUCCCGACUUUCCGAGAUUCUUUAUGAUACUACUCAAGUCACGUUCACCUAUGAGGAAUCUUCUGGGGUUAUUAAAACAAUACAUUUAAUGCAUGAUGGGUUCAUCUGUACCAUCAGAUACAGGCAAACAGGUCCGCUUAUUGGUCGCCAGAUCUUCAGGUUUAGUGAAGAAGGCCUUGUAAAUGCCAGAUUUGACUACAGCUAUAACAACUUCCGUGUCACGAGCAUGCAGGCCAUGAUAAACGAGACGCCUCUUCCCAUAGAUCUGUACCGUUACGUCGAUGUUUCUGGCAGGACUGAACAAUUUGGAAAAUUCAGUGUAAUUAAUUAUGAUUUAAACCAAGUUAUAACCACCACUGUGAUGAAACAUACCAAAAUUUUUAGUGCCAAUGGUCAGGUGAUUGAAGUACAAUAUGAAAUUCUCAAGUCUAUCGCUUACUGGAUGACCAUCCAAUAUGAUAACAUGGGUCGUAUGGUGAUCUGUGAUAUACGCGUAGGUGUAGAUGCCAAUAUAACAAGAUAUUUUUAUGAAUAUGAUGCUGAUGGUCAACUUCAGACUGUGUCUGUGAAUGAUAAAACCCAGUGGCGCUACAGCUAUGACCUUAAUGGCAACAUCAACUUGCUGAGCCAUGGAAACAGUGCGCGCCUCACUCCUCUGAGAUACGAUCUGAGAGAUCGCAUUACCAGACUUGGAGAAAUUCAAUAUAAAAUGGACGAAGAUGGGUUUCUCAGGCAAAGAGGCAAUGAGAUCUUUGAGUACAACUCUAAUGGUCUGCUGAACAAAGCGUACAACAAAGUGUCCGGCUGGACUGUGCAAUACUGUUACGAUGGUCUUGGAAGACGAGUUGCAAGCAAAUCAAGCCUAGGACAACACUUACAGUUCUUCUAUGCUGAUCUCUCCAACCCAAUAAGAGUUACUCACUUGUACAAUCAUACUAGCUCGGAAAUAACAUCCCUAUAUUAUGAUCUUCAAGGUCAUCUCAUUGCAAUGGAAUUAAGCAGUGGAGAAGAGUAUUAUGUUGCUUGUGAUAACACUGGAACACCUCUAGCUGUAUUUAGCAGUCGGGGCCAAGUCAUAAAAGAAAUUUUGUACACCCCAUAUGGAGAGAUCUACCAGGACACUAAUCCAGAUUUCCAGGUUAUCAUUGGUUUUCAUGGAGGGCUCUAUGAUUCUCUUACUAAAUUAGUUCAUCUGGGUCAGCGGGACUAUGAUGUCAUUGCUGGUCGGUGGACGACACCAAAUCAUCAUAUAUGGAAACACCUGAAUGCUGUCCCACAACCAUUUAAUCUCUACUCAUUUGAAAAUAAUUACCCAGUUGGCAGAAUCCAAGAUGUUGCUAAGUAUACAACAGACAUUGGAAGUUGGCUAGAGCUGUUUGGUUUCCAGUUGCACAACGUACUACCUGGAUUCCCAAAACCAGAAAUAGAAGCUUUGGAGACAACAUACGAACUUCUACAGCUUCAAACAAAAACUCAAGAGUGGGAUCCUGGAAAGACUAUCCUUGGUAUUCAGUGUGAGCUACAAAAGCAACUCCGAAACUUCAUAUCCUUGGAUCAACUUCCUAUGACACCCAGGUAUAGUGAUGGCAAGUGCUAUGAGGGAGUGAGGCAACCGAGAUUUGCAGCUAUUCCUUCAGUAUUCGGAAAAGGCAUCAAAUUCGCUAUAAAGGAUGGUAUAGUGACAGCUGACAUUAUAGGCGUGGCUAACGAGGACAGCCGGCGCAUUGCUGCCAUCCUCAACAACGCUCACUAUCUGGAGAACCUGCAUUUCACCAUAGAGGGCCGAGACACGCAUUACUUCAUCAAGCUGGGGUCUUUGGAAGAAGAUUUGGUCCUAAUCGGCAACACCGGAGGACGACGCAUCUUGGAGAACGGCGUCAACGUCACAGUGUCGCAGAUGACUUCUGUGAUCAACGGGAGGACUAGACGCUUUGCUGACAUCCAGCUCCAGCACGGCGCGCUGUGCUUUAACGUUCGGUACGGAACGACGGUGGAAGAAGAAAAGAACCAUGUCUUGGAGGUAGCCAGGCAGAGAGCCGUGGCUCAGGCCUGGACUAAGGAGCAGAGGCGGCUGCAGGAAGGGGAAGAAGGUAUUAGGGCAUGGACAGACGGAGAGAAACAGCAGCUUUUAAGCACUGGGCGGGUACAAGGCUACGAUGGAUAUUUUGUUUUAUCAGUGGAGCAGUAUCUCGAACUUUCUGACAGUGCCAAUAACAUUCACUUUAUGAGACAGAGUGAAAUAGGCAGAAGGUAACAAAGAAAAUCUCUGCCUUUGCGUCACCAAAGACUGCCUGUUUUUAAACGUAAAAUGGUUUAUUGUAUUGGUUUUUCUAGAUCAGAACUCUGUAUAUAUAAAUAUAGAGGAAAAAACAUAUCCAACUGCCUUUAAAUGUGACAGAAGAUGGUAUUUUAAUAUUGUUCGUUUAACUCUUUGAGAGAUGACAGUGA